UAUUUUAUUAUAUUAAAUGUCAGCGACUUCUAAAGCUAGAUUCCAACAAAAUCGCCGUCACAGUUCUUCAACGUCAUCAGCUACGCCACCAUCUGUUCAUAGCCAAUUUGGCUCAAUGUUUCAUUCUUGUCAAGAAUCUGCCUCAUUAUAUAAUGAAUUUGUUCGACGUAAUAUUGACUGUUUUGAGCAAAAGAGACGAGCAGAAUAUGUUCGUUGUCAUCAUAUGGCAGCACAACAGCAUUUGUCGUCACCUCCAAUUGGUAGCCUCCCACGGGUAAAUUUUUUGGCGGUACGACAAUUGCGGAUACGCACGUGCGGAUGCGACGAUUGCGGAUAUAAAAUUUUUAAAAAGUUUAAGAUUUUUUAA